GUCGCUUUUGUAUUCAUUCUGCUUUCUGCUACUGCUCCCUGCUUUACUUCAACACUUCAACUUCUUCGUCUUCUCUCACCUCCCUUUCUCUAACUCUCUAGUAUAAUAAACUGCUUCCUCGCUCACUUCACAUUUUUCUGUUACUCUAACCUUUGUUGCUCUACACUUUUACCUGCUCAAAUCUUUUUCUUAUAUAACUCUAUUUCCUGUGUUUAUUUUACUCAAAUUUCAUUCUUUCAAGAAUUAGUUUGAAGGAUUGAUUUCAAAAAUGGAGGCAGAAAAUGGAGAAGUAAAGUGUAAGAUGGAAGAUUAUGAAGUGAUUGAGCAAAUUGGAAGAGGUUCAUUUGGCACUGCUUAUCUUGUCCUCCACAAAACUGAGCAAAAGAAGUAUGUUUUGAAGAAGAUACGCUUAGCUAAGCAAACUGAGAAGUUUAAGAGAACAGCACUUCAAGAGAUGGAGUUGAUUUCCAAGCUAAAUAAUCCUUACAUUGUUGAAUAUAAAGAUUCUUGGGUGGACAAGGAAUGCUGCGUGUGCAUUGUUACUAGCUACUGUGAAGGAGGUGAUAUGGCUGCGAUCAUUAGAAAGGCUCGAGGAGCUCAUUUCUCAGAGGAGAAAGUCUGCAAAUGGAUGACUCAAUUAUUGCUAGCUGUAGACUACCUGCACUCCAAACGCAUUCUUCAUAGAGAUCUUAAGUGUUCCAACAUAUUUUUGACAAAGGAAAAUGACAUUCGGCUUGGUGACUUUGGACUUGCAAAACUUCUCAAGUCCAAUGAUCUCGCUUCCUCGGUUGUUGGUACUCCCAAUUACAUGUGUCCUGAGCUCCUUGCAGAUAUACCUUAUGGCUACAAAUCAGAUAUAUGGUCACUUGGCUGUUGUAUAUUUGAGAUUGCUGCACAUCAGCCAGCAUUCAAAGCUAAUGAUAUGACUUCUCUGAUCAACAAGAUUAAUCGAUCAAUCAUGUCCCCUAUUCCAAUUUUUUAUACAUCCACAUUAAAACAAAUUAUAAAGACCAUGCUAAGAAAAAGCCCGGAGCAUAGGCCGACUGCUGCAGAGACUUUAAGACAUCCCCAUCUGCAGCCAUAUCUAAUUAGGUGCCGGGCCACAUCCCCGUCCUAUCUUCCAGUGAAGUCUCCAACCUCGAAGGAAAAGGCAGCUAGAAGACUUUCGUCUGGUAAACCAAGUAGAAACAUGGAUGGACGAGAGAGAGAGCAUAGAGCAAUUAAGUCAAUUGUAAACUUUGAACAGUGUGAUAAGAGUAAUGAUGUUAUUGCCACGAAUCCACAGAUUUGUGACAAAUCAUCCACGUCCGCUACCUCAGACGAUAGCCUUGAAACAAAGAGAGUUGAUCAUGUGAGCUACUUAAAGGAUAGAUGCGAUGCUAGUGAAAGUUCCAAAUGCGAGUCUUCAGGCUUUGAAGCAAUUUUGUGCAGCUCAGAAGAGCUAAGUGACUUAAAUGCAUCCAAGGAAAGCGCUGUAGAAGAAUCUACAACUGGUAGUAUGCGUAAUAGUGACUAUCUUCCGAAAUGGGUAGAUGUUAAUAUCGAGAAAGUGAACAAACAAGAUCUUAUGGAGGGAAGUGAAGAAGUCACAACUCAUAGCAAUGGAGAAAUGGCGAUUUCAUGUGAAGAAUAUCUUUCUGUUGAUAGGUCACCUGAUAAUGAAACUUCAACAUUAUCAACUAUGCAAAAUGAGCAUGUUGAACCCAGUUCCCAGAGGGAAAUAGAAAAUCAUGAUACUUCUAUGGAAGAUGAACUAACAGAGAAGUCUAUGCCAUCUGAAAAUGUUAAUUUGCUUCCAUCAAGAUGCGAAGUUGGAUCAGAGACUCUCAACACUAGCUGCUCCUCACAGUCGGGUAAUGGCAAUGAUGAAGCAAUAAAACCAACACCAGCUGAAUUGUCUUUACUGAGGAGGACCUUAACAGCAAUGAGCGGUGAUCAAACCAAAGGCGGGGCUGAAGUUCCGCGCCAUCAAAGAGCUGAUGCUUUGGAGUCUCUCCUUGAGUUAUGUGCACGACUACUUAGAGAGGAUAAGCUUGACGAACUUUCUGGCAUUUUGAGACCCUUUGGGGAGGAAACUGUAUCAUCCCGCGAAACUGCAAUAUGGUUGACAAAAAGCUUGAUUGCAGCACAUAAAUCCGCCAAAGAUAGCUGAGUGUGGUUUGGUAGAGCAUUUGAUGUGGAUUUCUCUUGUCCAUUACAUUGUGAUUUGUGGGAGUUGUGUGUGUGUGUGUUCGUUUCAGGGGGUUGGUUUCAUUGAAUGAAAUUGUAAAAAUUCUUAGAACAUUAUUAUUGGUUUGAUCUUGUUGAUUGAAGACUGUUGUAAAACAUGGAUUACGAUUUAAUUGGUAAAGUCCUUGAAUGACUAGAAAUUGAUCUCUGUCAAAUCUGCCGAGACAGUUAA